ACUGUUCUAAUACAGUCGACGAAGAAGACGUUGGUGGAAAGGGCGGUGCAUGCUGGGAAAUAAAAUGCACAAUGGCGGUGGAACAACAAAGAUUUCAGGCGUUUACGUUAAUAUGCUUCGUUUUUUCACUUAUACUUCAAAGUUGUUGGACUUUGGACGAGGAACCGAAGUGGGAUGACAACGGCUACGUCCUGUACUGCCCGUGCAUGGGUCGGUUCGGGAACCAGGCAGAUCACUUCCUAGGCUCUCUGGCCUUUGCAAAAAUGUUGAACCGAACCCUGGCAGUCCCUCCAUGGAUUGUUUACCGCCAUCACACACCCCCUUACACCAAUGUUCAUGUUCCCUACGGUGAAUUCUUCCAGUUGGAGGCCUUAUUUUCCUACCAUCGUGUGAUCAGUUUGGAGGAUUUCAUGGAGAAACUGGCACCCACAUACUGGCCAUCAGGACAGAGAAAUGCCUACUGCUUCGAGAGUGCAGCACAGCGUAGUGCAGACAAGAAAACUUGCCCUAUGAAGGACGGGAACCCUUUUGGCCCAUUCUGGCAGUAUGUUGGUGUGGAAUUUGACAAGUCAAUCCUUUUUAGUGGAAUUUCUUUUAGCGCCUACAACCAACCUCACUGGAUGAAAAAGUUCCCUCCCUCUGAGCAUCCUGUCCUGGCACUGCCCGGGGCUCCUGCCCAGUUCCCAGUCAUUGAGGAACAUGUGGGCCUGCAGCGCUACGUGGUGUGGUCAAACAAGAUGGUGAAGGAAGGAGAAGAGCACAUUGCUGCAUUGCUGACGAGGCCAUAUGUUGGUAUUCACCUGAGGAUUGGCAUCGACUGGCAAAAUGCCUGCAAACUGCUGAAGGAUGGUGAAACAGGGCCACACUUCAUGGCCUCUCCUCAGUGUGUUGGCUACAACCGUCAGACAGCCCUGCCUCUCACUAUGACCAUGUGCCUUCCAGACCUGGCAGAGAUUCGCAGGGCUGUCAAAUUGUGGGUGAAGAAGACUUCUGCCCGCUCUGUCUAUAUUGCCACUGACUCAGAAACCCACAGUAAGGAUAUUGAAAAACUCUUCAAAGGCAAGGUAAAAGUGGUGAAUCUCCAGCCAGACUCUGCCCAAACAGACCUAUAUAUUUUAGGCAAAGCUGACCACUUCAUUGGAAACUGUGUCUCCUCAUUUUCCGCCUUUGUGAAGAGGGAACGGGAUGUCCAUGGUCUUCCUUCAUCCUUUUUUGGCAUGGACAAGCCUGGCAAAUUAAAAACCAAAGAAGAACUGUGAUCCGAGUGCAUGUGGCACAUGGUCACCCUCGAAGUACUAAUGUUGGAUGGCAUAGGGAAAUAAACAUGUGGAAGGCGAAGGUUGUGUGUGAGACGGCCUAGUCAGUGUGUGAAGCAAGCCGUUUUAAAAUGAUAAUUAAUCCGAUAACUGCGGAAUGAAACAAAAACAUCUUUACUGUAAUAUUGAAGAAAUGAUAUAAUAUGCAAACUGCUGCUACAAUGAAACACUAUGUUUUUGUCUGUGUCCUACUUGAAAGUUCUGUAUUUACUAAAUAAGUUUUGGUAUGUGUUACAGCAGUAUUCUGCCCUGCAAACAUGUUUUGCAAUCCAGACAUGUUUGCAAGGCCUCCAGUGACCUCAGUGACCCUAGAAAGACUAACUGCAGUAUGAGUGCUCAUGUUCCCACUUUCCCCUCUUCCUCUUCCAACAUUUCCAUCCCUGCGUUUCCUUGCAGCUUGGACUUUCCUUUCCUCUCUGUCUUCUAUUCCAUGGAGUGCAAAGAAAAUGAUCUUCCUGUCCAUACUAAUUAUAGGGAGGGAAAAAGGAGACAGAGUUUUUCCACCUCUCAGUUUGCCAGGGCCAAAAACUGACCCUGGUGUAAAUGUGAUGCAUGCAAUAUGGUUAAUCAGUAAAUGAAUUAAGGCAGCAAAACGAGAUUUGAGACUGAGUUGAUGAAAUGCACGUGGGGAUAUAUUCAUGAGUGGAUGCAGUGAAGUGUUUUUUUAUAAUCAUUUUUUUACCAAUAAAAAACACACUGACUUUAAAAAA